AUGACCGUUGCUGGAGGUAACGGACGAGGCAGUGCCACUAAUCAACUCAACAACCCUUCAGGUCUCUGCAUUGAUGACGAUCAAACAGUGAUCAUUGCUGACACAUCCAAUCAUCGUAUCAUUCAAUGGAAGACGGGUGACACGAAUGGACAAGUAGUAGCUGGCGGCCAUGGCAAAGGAAAUCGAUUAGAUCAAUUGAAUUAUCCAACAGAUGUGCUGAUCAACACAAAGACGAAUAGUCUCAUUAUUUGUGAUCGCGGAAAUCAACGAGUCGUACAAUGGUCUCGUCGUAGUGUUCAAAGUCACGGACAAAUCAUCCUCGACAACAUCCGUUGUUUUGGUUUGACCAUGAAUGAUCAGAGAUAUCUCUACAUUUCUGACACUUUCAAACAUGAAGUAAGACAAUACCGAAUAGGAGACAAUAAUGGAACUGUCGUGGCUGGUGGUCAGGGACAAGGUAAUGACCUUGAUCAACUCAACUGGCCAACCAACAUCUUUGUCGAUCGACAACAGACUAUCUACGUGUCAGAUGAAGAAAAUCAUCGUGUGAUGAAAUGGAAACGAGGUGCAGCAGAUGGAAUUGUCGUCGCCGGAGGUCAAGGUUUUGGGACUGCUAUGACACAAUUGAUGCAUCCUCAUGGAGUGUCCGUCGAUACGUUGAACACCGUCUAUGUGGCAGACUCGGAUAAUCAUCGCAUAAUGCGUUGGCCAAGAGGAGCAAUACAGGGUACUGUUAUUGUAGGUGAAAAUGAUGAAGAAGAAGGAGAAAAUCAGUUGAAUUAUCCCAGAGGUUUAUCCUUUGACAGACAUGGCAAUCUCUAUGUUGUUGAUGACGGGAAUGAUCGAGUUCAACGAUUUGCUAUCGAAUAG